GAAUACUACUAAUACAGCUGCAUCUUUAAUUCACAAUUGCUUUGAUUGGAGUACAUCUGGAUAUGAUAUACGUAUUAUUAUGGAUACAUAUCAUAUUAAGCACUCGUUGAUUUCAUUUGGAUUGUUAACAAGCGACCUCUAGGUGUGUUAUCUAGAAAAUUUAGGAUUUAGAUAACUCGUCUUUUUGCAAAGGACAUAGAUGGAAACGCCUUGAUGUGCUACAAUUUAAAGAUAAACUCACAAAGGAAAAACUUUAUUAUCGACGGAAAAAGGAGCAAAUAAAAGUCAAAAGGUUUUUCAAGAUCUCAAGCUCGGAUCAUGACGGAAGUGCAGGACCCGGCAACGACUGAAGCCCUCGACGAAGCCCCAAAAGGUAAUGGAGUUGCAUCUAAUGGGAAUGAAAUCCAAGGCAAGCAUAUCAUUGUUGUACAUGGCUACCUCCUAAGUGGAACAGGCUCUAAUAUCUACUCGUGUAACUUGGCCCACCAAUGGAAGAAACAGGGCCAUUCCAUCACUAUAUUCUGCCAGGAUCCAAGGGCUAAAACAUACGAAUGGGUUGAUGAGUUCGUAGGUCCGAAGGACCCUUUACCAAAAGAGCGAGUGGCCAGGGGUAAAGCUCGUGUAAUUGUACCAGACAUAGACGGCCUCCUCCCGGUAUACGUGUACGAUGACUACGAAGGGUACACCGUCAAGACGAUUCCAAACUGUACCGACGAGGAAAUCGAACGCCAUAUUGAACUGACAUCAAAGGCUAUCCGCGAAGCAGUGGAUUUAUGGGGCUGUGAUAAAGUCCUCGCCAAUCAUGCCCUACUGUCUCCAGUAAAUGUUAAACGUGCCCUCGAAGGAACUGAUGUUCCUUUUGACAUCAAAAUUCACGGAAGUGGAAUUCUUUUCGUGUUGGCUCCCCAUCCCGUUUACAAAAAGUACGCGAUUGAAGCGAUCGAGAAAUGUAAUAAAAUCAUAGCAGGGACCAAUCAUAUUGUACGACAGGUGAAGGAGACAUUUGAAGCAGAAAGCGAAGAACUCAAAUUGGAUGAUAAACUGGUCAUUGUUCCGCCAGGCUUGGACCCCGAUGUGUUCACACCUUGCAGAAAUAUCUUCAAAAAUAUCAAUAAAUUUCUGGACACUAUACGAAAGCAUAUAGCUAAAGAAAAUGAUGGCAGAGACGCAAAGAAGAUCAAUUUUCCAAAAGUGGGAUAUAAAUCCACGAACAUCCACACCCAGCUUGUAAACAUCGGAAAGACAUAUAAUCAGAGAGUAUGUGACAGUGAUCUUCCGGAUAAAUUUCCGAAUAUCACUAAAGAAGAACCGAUCAUUAUGUAUUUCGGUAAGUUCCUCAACACAAAAGGAGUAGCAGAGAUAUUGCUAUGUUUUCCGGAGAUCCUAAAGAAGUUCCCGACAGCGAGAUUAGUCUUUAUAGGAUUUGGGGGAUUCCGAGAGCAUCUCCAGGCAAUGAUCCAUGCAUUAGGUACGGGUAACCUCGAACUGUUCCGCGCGGCGGCACAAAGUCCAGACGAGAAUGGCAAGACAUUUUUGCAAUCUACAAUUGAUGUCAAAAAACAUUUUCCGUAUCGCCUUGACGCGCAGGAAUUGUCCAGAAUCACAGUGACGGGAUGUCUGAACCACACAGAGUUAGGUCUCAUCUUACCUCUGGCUGAUAUCGUCGUUGUUAGUAGUAAAGCAAAUGAAGCGUUUGGUAUGGUAGCUGUUGAAGCGAUGGCUGCUGGCGUGCUGCCGCUGUGUGUCUACCAUUCUGGUCUCGUUGAUGUACUGGACGAAGUGAAGAAGGCUGACCCUGAGUUGGAGUCCAAGAUGCAUCUUGAAACAAACCCUGGAGGUGACUUCGAGGCAGCUGACGGAGAACACUUUACAGAGAUCUUCCCUGAAAAAGUAAAUGAAGCCUUGGAGUUCCUUUACCCCGAAGCACUGGGUGGUAUGAAUAAUGAUAAAAACAGCAACAAAAUUAAGAAAAGGCUUCGAAAGUUGGCAGAGGAACGAUGGGCAUGGGACGGAAUCUGCAAAUCAUUAGCCAAUCUCUAAAUGUUCAACUGUUAUUAAGGACGUGACAUUCCCCAAUGGCAAAGUAUGAAAUCAAGACAAAAACAGAGAAUGAAUGAUGACUGUAUCCAAGAGAAAUGCAAAAUGAGAAAUAUAGGCUAGAUGAGUCGAUUGUAUAUGAAAAAUAGUAUGAAUUUGAAAAAUCCUAGUCGGUGUCACGAACAUAAUGAAGCAUAAGCUAGACAGUAUUUAA